GAUUAAGAUUGUAUAAACUCUCUUUUUAAUUGACUGAAAGCGCCUUUGAAAAACGAAAUAAAAACUCAAUUCAGGAGACUCUUGAAAAUGAGUCAUACGACUAUUUGACUCUCCUGGCAUACAAACCAAAAACAACCUUUUACUACUGGACAUAUGUGAAUAAAGAGCUUCAUAGCUCAUCGGAUUCAUCCCGUAUAAACACAGAUUCUGAUUCUUUUUCACAAAUAGGGUCCUGUCAUCAUCAUUAUUCCACCGCUGGAUGAAGGCCUCCCCACGCUACAAGCAGCCAUGUGGGUUGACUGACCAUACUUAAUUCACGCUGGCCACUGCUGAUUGGUCGAGGGCGGACUCCCACUACGGACUCGGAUAUCACUCGCCCAUUGACGCUCUCCGUAGGCGGGGAAUUAAACUUAUUUGAGCCUCAAAACUAAGGGGAGCUGUUGGCGCAGUGACGGUCUCCCGCGGUGCUGCGUUCGCCAAACGUUGGCAUCGCACGAAUUAAAUUCCCGGGCCACGGCUAACGUCGGCGGCGAGUGAUGUCUGAACCUGCCCUGCCCAUGCCACCCCACCACCAAUAAUCUGCCGGCCGGAAUUUUUUUUUGGUGGCCGCGAAGUGGGGCGUGCUCGCACUAAGCCUGGCGGGCGAGCGUGCGGGCGUGCGUGCGGGCGGGCGGGCGAACGAACGCCGCGAGUAGCCAUAGCUACCGUUUGUGGCAACAGCCUUCACGCCGUGUUUUGCACGGCCCCUCUUAACGACUGCCGCACGUAAAGAGACCCCCCCCCCCCCGCCGCUGCCGCUACGCAGCGAACGGGGCGAGCGAGAGGGGAUGGGGGGACAAGUGAAGGAGCUGCGGGGACGCGACCGGGUGGGAUGGAGUGUAUCCAGGGGAUAACCCCCCCACCACCACCACCAUUUGACCCCCCGCCCGAGUCGGACAUCCAACUUGACCGAUCCUUACCAUCACCAUCACCACCACACAACUCCAACUUGACCCUCGCUGGGGUCAACAUGGACGAGGAACCGCAGGACGGUGGCAACACCACGGCCUCUGCCGAGGUCGGCGGAGAGGGACCAGGGAGCCCCAUGGAGCGAGAGGGGCCCGGGGAUGUGGAGGGGGGCACCCCUACACAGGGGCCGAGUCCAAGCCAUGAACUCACGAUCACCAUCACCAUUGCCCUCGCUCUGCCCAACGCGGAGGGCGCUCAGGGCGAGGCCGCGUCGCUCCGGCCUGGAGCCGCCGGGCGCCGGGGUCGCCCGCGAGGGGAUGGAGCCGCGGGAGUCGGAGCGAGCGAGGCUGCGGGAGCCACCGCCUGCUUCCACUGCGAGCUACUCCUGAUGCCUGGCCGGGUGGAGAAGGCCGACGUGGUGUUCUACGGCUCCGUGGCCAGGGUCUACAGCGGCGGCGACACCAAGGUGGUGCGCGCGUGGUCCGAGGGGCCGCGCUCGUGGGUGGCGUGGACGCAGGAGGCCCGCGUUUCCCCGUCCGGGGAGCAGCUGCUGGCCCUCAUGUCGUCCCGCUUCUCGGCCGGCCGCCUGAGCGUGUGGGAGGGCCGCGAGCGACUCUCGCAGAGGGCCAGGCACGACCGGCCCACGGGCCUGCGCCAGCGCUCCGAGACGGAUCCCAGGCGCUUGGACCGCGUGCAGAAGCUGGUGCGGAGGAUGCUGGCGCAGCUCGAGCCGGCGCGGGCACGCGGGGCCGGGAAGGAGGAGAGGGAGAGGGAGGAGGUGGGGGAGGAGGAGGGCAAGGCGGGGCAAGGGCAGCACGAGAAGGGCACGGCCGAAAUCGGAACCUGUUAUUUAUUGGCAUCACCGAUCGCCCGCCGCUGCUGCCACACAGUUCCUCCAACGCCGCCGCCGCCGCCGCUGCCGCCCGUGCAUGGAGAGGAGCGCGGCCGUGCGGGGAGCGCCACGGGGAGCCCACGGCCCCGACGCGAGGACGCGCGAGCCACCGAGCGGGGGACCCCGCGCCGGGGAGCGGGGGGCGCCCACGCCGCGGAGAGGGGGGCCCCGCGUCAGCCCCUCGGGCUGACCGUGCCCCUGGCGCGGCUCGUAGCCGGUGAGCGCAGGGCGUGUGGGCGCGCGUCCCACCCGCGUGCCGGCCUGCUCGACGCCCUGUGCUGCGUGUCUUGCCGCGAGCCCAUCCUGAGCGAGCAGCAGAGUCUCCAACUCAACCCCAUGAUCGUCCGCAUCGUGUCUGCCAGAGACUUGCCCGCCGCGCCCGUGCCUUUCUCUGUGCUCAAGGAGCGCUGCCUGCCCGCGUACUGCUCCUACCGCUUCGCACCGCUGACCCCGCACCGGAGCGAGGGCCGCGCCCAGGGCCCCCGACUGCGCUUCGACGACGUCAGCGCCGUGCCCCUGGGCCUCCUGGGCCGCGCUCGCGUGGCCCAGCUGCUGCGGGGCCCUCCCCUCCGGGUGGAGCUCCACGACCGCGACCUCCGCCGCGACAGCUCCGACGACCGCCGCGGAGACCCGCCGGGUCGCGCCGACGACGGCGAGACGACGGAGCGGGGGGGCGAGGAUGGGGAGAACGAGCAGGGGGGGGACGAGGGGAGAGACUCCUACGGCGUCGCCCUCGUGGACCUGUCGGACCUCCUGCUGGGCGACCGGCUCGUCGAGUUGAGCGUGCCGAUCGUGGCGCGGCGCGUCCGCCGGGCUCCGGCCGACGGGGAGGACGAGGAGGACGUCGCGGUCGGCGGAGCGGAGCGCGUGGCCGCCGGGGGGUACGCGGAGUCGGGCGCGAGCCUCAAGGUGCGGGUCGAGGUUCGGCACGCCCUGGACGAGUGGCUCGGGGAGGACGGCGGCGAGGGCGGCGACGGCGGCCCCGCCGCGGCGAAUGGGGGUCCCUUCGGCCGGGUCGUGUUUCGCUUCUCGUGCCGUGACGACGACGACGACGACGGCGACAGUGGCGGAGUCGUCGCCCUGCGACUGCGCGAGCUCGAGGAGGAGAUGCUGAUGAGGAACGCCGAGGCGCUGCGGCUCGACGAGCAUCCCAUGCACGUGAUCGAGAGGGCGCUGUCGGCCUACUCGCUCUCGGAGGAGCAGCAGAGGGACCCGAAUCUGGAUCUGCUCACGGGGUUCCACGUGUACGACGGGGAGCACCACCUGCUCGCCCUGGAGGGGCCCAGGGACGGGGCCGUGCGGCGUCUCUGUGAGGAGUUCGCUCCGAGCUCGAGUCCGGGCCGCGUGGCGGUGCUGUUCGACUCGAGCGCGGGGUUCGCCGUGCGGGCCUUCGCCGCGCUGGGCGCCCACGUGCGCACCCUACGCCUGCGGGCGCCGCUGAGCCGGACGCUGCGCGACCCCGGACUGGCGCUGCUCCCGCUCGCCGGAGCACGCGGCGCCGCCCUCGCCGUGCGCGCCAUGCAGAGUUGA